UUGCUUUAUAUGCCAUUUCAUCUUUGUACUCGCGGCUUCUAUAGACAGCCGUGUGAAUGGGCAGCUGUUUUGCUACUCAUGUUCCGACCAAACACAUGCGACGACGUGUGCAAACCUCGUGCAAUGUCCUCCAAGUCAAGUCUGUUUCUUGAAGAGAUUCAACGUCAACGGGGCAAUCACGUAUGAUACUGGAUGUACAGAUCCUGAAACGUGUAGCGGCCCUGAUGUAGAUCACGGUUCACAAGGUGAGUUGAUUGGUAGACGCGCGGGUCCCAUGAGGACUCUCGAGUGUGAGACCUGCUGCGAGCAGUCAAUAUGUAACUCUGUGGAAUGCCAACCGCCCUCAACAACAACAACAACAACAAUGGCAACAACAACAACACUUCCUACCGCGAUCACCACAAGUAGUUUAUGGUCGGUGUGGUCCAGUUGGACCCAUUGCCCGUACUCCUGCGGUCACGAUGGCAUCCAACACCGGUUCAGGCACUGUCUCGACCAGGACCCUCGUGUGUGCACAGGGAACAAGUUCGACACCAAAAUCUGCCAUACCAGAGUCUGCUGCACGAAUCCUCCGGUUAUUACUUACAUAGACAGCGACCAAUUCGUGUUUACAAGGAGCUUUCUCGUUCUCUACUGCAAUGCCACGAACUUUGACACACUCUCCUGGAGAAUACCUGAGGUGGUAGGCCACUCAUACCCCGUGAACGUGAACCGGCCUGCAGGCGAGCCAACCGUGGUGAUCUCCCACAUCACAACAGAGAACGAAGGCCCCUACGUAUGUACAGUCACCAACGCUUGUGGAACGGCAUCCAGGGUGGUAAACGUGAAAGUUCUCGCCUGA